AUGCCGGAGACAGUCCGCGUGAAAGAGACAAACACAGAUAUGCCGAAAGCUGGGUCAGACAACAAGAUGUCUUGGAGCGAAAAUCCCACGGGCAAGGGCAGUAUUGAUGAACCCCCAAGCAAGAAGCCCCGCAACGAAGUUAGAAAAGACAGCUCCCAAGGCCUUAACAUGUACUCUUACGCGGAUAUUGUUGCGGUCACCGUUGGCAAGGAGAAGGUGAAAUAUGGGAUUCACAAGCAAAUUUUGGUGUCAAAAUGCCCGUUCUUCGACAAGUGUCUUGGUGCAGGCAUGAAAGAAGCUCAAGAGAAUGCAGUUGCUCUUCCGGAUGAUGACCCAAAGGCUUUCGACGUCGUCGUCCGAUGGAUGUACACUGGUCGCUUGAACGGUUUUGGGACACCCGGAUUCCUCCUCCUCAAUGCAUACAUUCUCGCCGACAAGUAUUGCAUUCCCGAUCUCCAGAAUGCAAUCGCCGAUGUUUUCAGAGCUGGUGUCUUUAUCUCUCUGGGACAUGCCUCAUGGGCAUGGGGAAGGCUGCCAGAGGGGUCGCCGCUUCGCCAACUAUUUUUGGAUCAGAUGCAUUAUUGGAUUGCAUCAUAUCCAGAUAGAUACCGACGGGGCAGCAUAGGUACAGUGGAUGCCUCUGCAGCAGCAUUGGAGGAGAUUUUUAAGGGAAAUGCUGGUUUAACGACUGCAUUGCUAUGGAAGAUAAUAGACCACAGCCGCAACUCGGGGAGCUGUAUUCCUACCAGCCCAGCUUCGGGCGUUAGUUGCCUUUAUCAUGUCCACGAAGACGGAAGGAAAUGCAAGUGA